GCGAGGGAGAAAGGGCGGAACUGCAGCGCGCUGCGACUCGAGGGAGUUAGAAGAGUCCUGGUCUAAGAAGAGAGGGCUUGGGGAAGACCUCUGCUCUUCAAAAGGAGAUCCCCCGGCUCCUUAGAUGAAAUGUAAGGAAAAAGAAUACAGACAAGCAUGGAAAGUGAGGACACAAAGAAGAUACAAGAAAUGAAGACUGACCUAAACUUACUAUUGGAGUGCCUGAAGUAUCAAAUGGACAACCCUUUCUCACAAAAGGAAGCUUUGGUCACUAUUCAUUCAAUUUGUCAACAAAACAGUAAUGCAGGUGUUUAUUUUCGGGAAAUUGGUGGUUUGAUGUUUGUAAAAAAUCUUGCAAAGGCAAGUGAACAUAGCAUGGUAAAAGAAGCAGCCUUAUACACAUUAGGAGCUGUUGCAGAACAAAAUGUUUACUGUCAGCAGACUUUGUGCACUUCAGAAUUGUUUGAAGACUUAACUUGGUUCUUAUGUAAUGAUUCAAACACAAAUUUGAAAAGAAUGUCUGUCUAUGUUAUUUUGGUUCUAGUUUCAAAUAAUAGGACUGGACAAACACUUGUGAGAGAAACAGGUUGUAUUACAGUUCUGACACAGUUGUUCAGGACAGUUCUUUCAAAAUAUGAGUUGGAUUUGUCAGAUAAAAAUGCAUUCCAAAGCUAUCAGUUAUGGUCUUCAGUGUGUAGUACUUUGUGUGUCUGUGUCAACAAUCCUCAAAAUGAUGAAAAUCAAAUGCUUUGCUGUUCACUUUUCCCACAUGCUAAUGACUGGCUAAUAAAUUGUAUCAAGCCUGAGAUUAUUCGCCCUGUUUGCUCAUUUAUUGGACUCACUCUUGCAAAUAACACACACGUUCAGAAAUACUUUAUAUCUGUGGGUGGACUGGAUGUAUUGUCUCAAGUUCUUGUGCAACUGGAGUCAGAUUCACACAAGACUCUUUCCAGUGCUAAGCUUGCAGUGGUGGUGACAAAGACAGUGGAUGCAUGUAUUGCUGAUAAUCCUACUUUUGGAGUAAUACUGUCCAAGUAUCAGAUUGUUUCAAAACUUCUGACAUUACUGCUUCAUGAAAGUCUGGAUUCAGGAGAAAAAUUUAGCAUCAUACUUACUCUUGGUCAUUGCACAGAGGAUUGUGAGGAAAAUCAGUAUGAUCUUUUUAAAAACAAUGGGCUUCCACUCAUGAUACAAGCGUUAACUGAAUCGCAGAAUGAGGAACUAAACAAAGCUGCCACUUUUGUGCUUCACAAUUGCAAAAAAAUUACUGAGAAAUUAUCUCUAAGUCUAGGAGAAUAUUCUUUUGAUGAAAAUGAAGAACAAUUAAAAGAUGUAAAUAUGAAAGAGAAGAAUCUUGAAGAGUACUGGAAGAAAGCAAAGGAAAUUCUACACAGAAUAGAACAGCUUGAAAGAGAAAGAAAUGAGGAAAAAAUACAAAGAGAAAAAGAUAAGGAUGAUGUUUCAUUUAUGAACAUAAAUAUUCAAAAUACAUUGAAGCACCUCCAUGCAGACAGUAUUGGCCGAGGUCCUACAGCAGAAGAUAAAGAUAAAAGCCAGUCUAGAAAGCUUCAGAGUUACCAGUCCCAUGGAGUUCUGUCUACAGCACGUACAAAUGAUCACCAAAUGAAGACCCUGUUAAAGAGUGCAAAUCCAGUUAAUGCUUGUUAUAGGGAGAGUGGGCAAAGUAAGACUUUAGGUAAAGCCAAUUCAAGCUAUAAUCAAAACUUACAUGAAGGAACAACUUUUGGAAAAAAGAAUUCUGUUUCUCAAUCAAGUGACCAUGUUUUUAAACAUCCAAUUCCUGUUGUCAAAAAUAGACAGCAGCAGUUACCAGUAACAGAUCCAUUUACAUUGUGUUCAGAUAUAAUAAAUAAAGAAGUCAUCAGUUUUCUAGCAACCAACAAUCAUUCCAAAAUGUUAAAGUAUAGAUGCUCAGGUUGCAUAGCAGUAGGAAAAUCCCUGAAUAGCCGAAAUUUUAGCAAGCUCUUGCACUCUUGCCCAUACCAAUGUGAUCGUCAUAAAGUCAUUGUGGAAGCUGAAGACAGAUAUAAAAGUGAACUAAGGAAAUCACUUAUCUGUAACAAAAAAAUUCUGCUGACCCCACGUAGAAGACGACAGCUCAGUAGUGAAUCUACUACCUCUGGAGGAAUAAAAAAAAGAAGAAUUCGUAAAAACUUUACCAAAGAAGAAGUAAAUUACCUUUUCAGUGGAAUUAAGAAAAUGGGAAAUCACUGGAAUUUAAUUUUGUGGUCUUUCCCCUUUCAGCAAGGGCGGAAGGCUGUGGACCUUGCUCACAAAUACCACAAGCUGACCAAACGUCCCAAGUGUGCAGCUCCUUGAUUGGAAUAGUUUGAACUCUUAAAAUAUAAUGCCUUGAGGAAACACAAUUUAAAAUACUCUUCUAAACUCUCAUGAA